UAAAAAUAUAUUAUAUAUGUUAAUAUCAUUUAAAUUUAAUUAUAUACCCUAUCAUAUAGAAAAAUUUUGUUUGGAUUAAUAAAAUUUAUUCGCACCAAUUUAAUUAUAUAUGUAAUAGUUACUGAAUUUUUAAUUAUUCAAUAUAUAUUUAUUAUUUCAUAACAUGUAAAAAAUAUAUAAUACCUAAAAUAAUUUAUAUAUAUAAUGUUUAUUCCGCGCAAAGCGCGUAUCUUAAUCUAGUAUAAGAUUAAAUGAUAAUACAAUUUAGUGUGAUGACUUCCUAGUGAAUGGUCCAAAAUAAAAUUUAACAGAUGAAAGAAGUGUAUUGAAUAUGUAACUAUGUUCUUACUCCUGUUAUAAAAAGAUUAAAAAGAUACAUUAAUUAAUUUCGUAAUUAGUAAUAUAAUAUUAUUACAAAUUAAUGUUAAUUAAUAUUUUAUUCAUAUUCUAUUUUCAUAAACUUUUUAAUUAUAGUCUAUAUUAAUUUAAAAUAGAAUUAUUAUAUGAGUUAAAUAUAAAAAUAUAUCUAAUUGAUUACUUAUUUUAUUUUUAAAAUAUAUUUCACAAAAUCAUUAACCAUGUAUAAAAUUUACUAAAAUAAUAGUCUAACUUAUUUAAACAAAAAAAAUUUAGUUUCUUAUAAAAUAUUUCUAUAAACUAAAUUAUAGAUGCUCAAGUAUAUUUUUUAAAACAAAAUAAGGAAAUAUAAAGGAACCUUAACAAAUAUUUGUUCUAUAGUAUAACUAAAUAGUUUUUUUUAAACAUUUGUAUGCAACUGUAAAAAUUAAAAUAUAUAUUUUGCAAGGGAUUAUGUAUUUGAUGAUUUCAGAUAAUGAAUUUAUUGUAUCGAAUUUGAAACUAUAUUAGAAUGUAAUAACAAUUAAUAACAAAAUAAAUUGUAAAAAAAUAUUUAUAUAUAUUAAUAAUGUCAAAUAAAAAACUACACAGUAAAAUGAUAAAAUUACAUUAUAUAUAACAUUAAAAUGAUAAAAUUACAUUAUAUAUAACAUUAAAAUGUAGAUAAUACUUUUACAAUAUUUACAUUUAUAUCAAAGUUAUAUUAUAUACUAUAUACUUAUAGAGGAGCCUUACCACAGUGCGGAUCAAGCUCUAAUACUAUUUAAAAAAAAAUAAAAAAAAAUUAUCUAUUAAAAUAAGAGCCAUGAUUUUUUUUAUGUGAUUUUUUUUAAUUUAAUAAAUAAAUUUUAAUAAGAUUGAUAAUAUAUAUAAAAAAAAUCAGCUAUUUUAAUCAUAAUAUUUUUUAUAUCUUUUUUUUUUAAAUAUAAGAGUAGUUGUUCAACAAUUCAAACCGCAAAUAUUUUUUAAUGCUCUAGAGUCCACACAUGUUUCACGGUCCCCUUUUCUCCUCAAACUAUAUUACACCUAACAAAAGCUUGAAAACUCCAUAAAAUAAUAAAACUAAGAACUAUAAAAUUAUUAAAAUAAAAUUUAAUAAUUUAUGGUAAUAGAUAUAUCAAAAGCUUGAAAACUCCAUGAAUUAGGCAAACUAAGAAAUAUUUUUUUAUUUAACGAAAUUAAUACACUGAUAUAACUUUGGUGUCAUAUCUAUUUAUUUUGACCCACUUUUAAAAUUAUCAAGUCAAGUGUCUACAUGGAUGCCGAUCUAACUUGAUCAAACCGUGAUCCAAAAGAUUGCAAGGUGCAGACCGUGCAGUUUCUGAGUCUUGUUAAAAGAAAAUAAAAAUGCUUAUAAAAUUAAAAUGGCAGGGAUUUGCGGAGGUAGAGAUGAGAUCAUUAUUAACUGACUUAGUAUCCAACAACAUCCUCAGAAUGGUUGUCGGAAAGCGAUACUAUGGCGAUGAAACCGAAAAUAAUGAAAAGGCCACAUAUGUGAAAAACUCGUGUUGGAGGUGAUGGCUAAUGCAGGGGCCCGAAAUAAAGCUGACUAUCUAACGAUCGUACGUUGGAUCAAAAACUACGAGAAUCAAAUGAUGGAUUUGGGGAAGCGAUUUGAUGCGUUUUUGCAGGAACUACUUGAUGAAAAACGUGAUGAGAAAGAAGAAAAAGGCCAGACUAUGAUCCAUCACUUGCUUUCUCUCCAAAAUAACCCAACCGGGUUACAAUACUGAUGAGAUCAUCAAGGGAAUCAUACUCGUAAGUAGUAAUCUUUUUAACUGUUAUUUAAAAACCGUUACACACGCCAAUGACCAAAGUGAUAUAGUUCAACAAGUAUUACAAAAGCAAAUGGAUCUUAUAAAGAACCAUAAACAAUCGAAUUAUCAGUUUCGAUUGACUUUAGUAGUAGUAAACACAUUAUACUAAUGUAAACAUAUAUAAAGUUUACUGAAUUAUAUUGACAGGUUUUAAUAGUUGCGGGGACACACGGCAUCCGUAACUCCAGAAUGGGCAAUGUCAAAUUUGUUGAACCAUCCAGACAUAUUCAAGAAAGCUAGAAGUGAAAUCGAUGAGUUAACUGGCUCAGAUCGGUUAGUCAACGAACAGGAUAUUGUUUAUCUUUUUUUUUUCUUUGAAAAACAUAUUGUUAAUCUUUCUUACGUCCAAAAUAUUGUAUCGGAAACAUUUCUUCUGUACCCUGCGCUACCGUUACUAGUCGCUCGCAUGUCAUCGAAUGACUGUAAAGUGGCUGGAUAUGAUAUGCCCCGCGGUACGAUGUUAUUGAUUAAUGUGUGGGCCAUGCAUAGAGAUCCAAAGUUAUGGAAAGAACCUGAGUGGUUCAAGCCAGAAAGAUUCUAGGAGCAAGGAGAGGAUAAGAAGUUAAUGCCGUUGGGUUAGGGCGACGUGCUUGUCCUGGAACUGCACUUGCUCAACGGUUUGUGUGAUUUGCUCUCAAUGCCCAAGGCGACGCCGUUGUGAGCUAUGUGCAAAUCACGUCCCAUUUAAAGUGAUGUAGAUAACUUUUAUAUGUUGGGUUUUCUUUGGGUUAUAAAAAUAUUUUUCUAUUUGUUUUCCAACAAUGUUUUCUUUUAUAUUUCUUACUAAUAACUUUUAUGUUUUUCUAUUUAUUCUCUAUUGUUAAGAUCCAUUUGUUAAAUGAGUUUUAAAUGGGUAGUUUUGUCAAGAUCCAUUUAUUAAAUGGGUUGUACUUAAAAUUAGUGAAAACCUGUUAACUCAUUUAACUUAAUAUAAUUAAUUAAUUAUUUUUUGUAGAAAAAUGUGAUUGUAUAGUUUUAACGAAAAAAUCAAUUUUACGAUUUAUGAGGAAGAAUUCCGAUUUUGCAGUUUUGGUAAAAAAAAAUUAGAUUUUAUAGUUUUGGCGGAAAAUACAUUUUGCGAUUUUGACAGAAAAAUCUGAUUAUGCGGUUUUGGCGAGAAAGCUCGAUUUUGAAAUUUUGGCAAGAAAACUCAAUUUAUAUGGUUUUGACGGAAAAACUCGGUUUUACGGUUUUGGCGGGAAAACUCGAUUUUAGGAUUUUUAAAAUCCCAUUAAAAACCCGCGAACAUAAUCCAUUAUAACAUCCCUAAACGUGUAUAAGGUUACUAGAUAUGUUGGGAUAUUAUAGUCCUAGUCUUAUCUUUAACUUUAAAAUGUUAUCUUCUGGAGUAUAAAAGAAAAUCUCAAAGAAAACCUAAAAUUAACUUUUGUUCGUUUAAUUAAGUCAGAGCCAAGCGCCAAGUUUGGUAAUAUAGAGAAGUAUGCACAUGCUUUUUACGUAGCUUGCGAGUUUUAUGUUCUCACAUCCACCAUUAAGUUUUUUAGAGUCAUCUGAUCUGUACCAUUUUCAUUAUAAUUAGUAGAAAAUAAAUCAAAUGUUUUGAUCUUGAAGGUAUUGCCAUGCUGUAACACUCGGAUGCGUAUAAAGUAACUGAACAUAGUUUCAAGCAAACCUUCAAGAAGUUAUAUUAGAUCUAAACACCAUAUGACAUCUCCCACACACUCUACAUACUACAAUAUAUAAGAGAUACAAGUAACCAAAAAUAAGCAAUCAACAAGAGCAAAAGUAAAUGGACUAUCUUCAAGUACUGCUUCUUUCACUUUUUGUCUUCUUCUCUACCAUCUUCUUGUUCUCAAAAUCAAAGCCAAAACAAAACUUGCCGCCGUCUCUAGGAAACUCAUUACCCGUGAUCGGCCACCUCCACCUGAUGAAGCGACCAUUUCAUCGGAAAUUACUUUCCUUCUCAAGAUCCCUAGGAAAUGCUCCUAUCAUCCACCUCCGCUUAGGGCAACGUCAAACGUACGUCGUCUCGUCACGUGCCAUCGCUGAGGAAUGUUUCACCAAGAAUGACAUUGUCUUCGCGAAUCGGCCUGUGUUGAUGAUAAACAAGCAUCUAGGGUAUAAUGCUACACAUAUGGUCGGAGCAUCCUACGGCGAUCACUGGCGAAGCUUACGUCGAAUCACCGCCGCUGAAAUAUUUUCGUCCAUGAGGCUCUGUAUGUUCUUGUGUAUACGUAAAGACGAGAUCCGACGGCUUUUAUUACGUCUCUCCCGAGACUCCUUACACGGAUUUGUGGAGGUGGAGAUGAAAUCACUGUUUACAAACUUGGCAUUCAAUAACAUCAUCAGAACUAUAGCUGGGAAGAGAUACUACGGUGACGAUGCGGAGGACGAAGAAGAGGCCAAAUUGGCGAGGUACUUGGUGUCUGAGGCUAUGGCCGGCGACAGUGGAAGAAACCCAGCUGAUUAUCUUUCGUUUUUGCGUUGGUUCACAGAUAGUGAAACACGAAUCAAAGACGUAGCGCAUCGUUUCGACGCAUUCUUACAAAAACUAGUUGAUGAGAAACGUGCGGAAAAAGUAAAAAGUAAGACCAUGAUCAAUCAUUUGCUUUCUCUCCAAGAAACCCAACCUGAUUGCUAUACAGAUGUUAUCAUCAAAGGAAUCAUCCUUGAUUUGAUAAUUGCGGGUACGGAUACAGUAGCUAUAACGUUAGAAUGGGCAUUGUCAAAUUUGUUAAACCAUCAAGAGAUACUUAAGAAAGCAAGAAUUGAAAUUGAUAAUAAGAUAGGUUUGGACCGGUUAGUGGAUGAACCGGAUAUUGUGAAUCUUCCUUAUCUUCAAAACAUAAUAUUAGAAACACUCCGUCUGUAUCCUGCUGCUCCAUUACUACUCCCUCACUUGUCAUCUGAAGAUUGCCAAGUGGGAGGUUACGACAUGCCACGAGGCACAAUGUUAGUGAUGAAUGUGUGGGCCAUUCAUAGAGACCCGGAGCUAUGGGAAGAGUCAGAACGGUUCAAGCCGGAGAGGUUUGAUAAAGAAGGAGAAGCUCAAAAGGUUAUGCCGUUUGGGCUUGGAAGACGGUCUUGUCCUGGAGCUGGGCUUGCUCAUCGGUUAAUGGGCUUGACUCUUGCGUCGUUGGUGCAGUGUUUCGAGUGGGAGAGAGUUAGUGUCGAACAAAUUGAUAUGAGGGAAGGGAAAGGUGUCACGAUGCCCAAAAAGGAGCCAUUGCGAGCCAUGUGUAGAGCACGUGUUCUCGCCGGUAGUACUAACAUGAGAAAAGACUUUCUUUGAGUAGGCUAUACGUAAUACAGUCCAUAGAAAGGUGUUCUCAUCAUGGAUAUUUGAAAGUUUAAAAUUUUGCUAUUAUCACUAUUUAAUUAUUAUUUUCAGAUUAAUGAAAAAAAUAAAUUACAAUAAAUUCAAGAAACAACCACACGGUUGUGGUUUGUUGUUCGACGGGUUUGGAAAUCUACACUCAGAUUAAUCACAUCGUGGCCACAAGGAGAAUGGGGGCAUUGGCUCCAUUUGAAAGUUCGGAAAGAAGAUUUAUCCGCUGAAUUGUACUUCCCUUUAAAAAUUAGUUUAGGUCUAAGGUUAGAGAUAUUUCUAGAUUAAUGAGAAAAAACAAAUUUAAGAACCACACAACAUCUGAAAGAAGAUAAGACACACUUUGAAAUAUCUUAUUCGAGGACUCUCGCUCCGGUUUGGUUUAGUGUGUUAGAGAAAUCGAUCAUCGUUUUUCUUUUGAAUGACUAGAACGUUCUACAUCCGAAGUUCUAUACAUCUUCAUAUAAUGAACCUUAAAUCAUGCUAAAUUAACUAUAUUUAGAAAAACAUACGUAUUCCUCUUAAUAGAAAUCAAAUAUAUGAUUCUUUAAAUUCUUACUAGGUGAUGUCGGAGUUUUAGGCAGUAAACCAAUUUCUCUUUGGUUAAAGAAAAAGCGAACACGAGUUUGUGACUGGAGAGAUCGGAACUUGUCAGCUUCCGGAUAUAUUUGGUUUGGUCGGAAGUAGAGAAAGAUCCAGAGUUUCUGUUUUUGAUUGUGUAAAAAAGAAAUAAAAUGGGCCUUUAAUGGACUUUUUGUUUCAAUUCUCUCAUCACCGCUAGUCUAAGGAAAAUUAUAAUACAUACACAGUACUCUACAUUUACAAAUUUCUUUUUGUGCGUGCUUAUAUUCAGUUUUGCACACCAUGAAAAUAUAAUAAAACUAGAAAUAAUUAAUUCGUCUAGAUUUGUUCGACCAACUUUUUAGAAGUAAUUCUGUAAUUACCUGACUUUUUAGGGAAUACGAAUUUUGAAAGUUGGAUGGCAAUUUAAUAAUCGUCGAACCCUAUUCAGAAUCAGAACAUAGUGUGUAUAUGAAGCUUUCCGUUUCCGGGUCCCAUAGAAGAACAAUAAACAAAAUGUCCCUUUUACUACCCCAAAGGCCAACACUUCAGACAAACAAACAAUAUUGUUUGCAUCUCAUCAAAAUUCGAAUCAUGGAACUGCGACCAAAUUCAAUUUCAGUUCGAAAGGCCGUACCAAAACAUGGUUUGCAUGUCAUCAAUAU